AUGUCUUCCGAUACGCGACACUCAGAUGACAAUCACGGGGCCUUAGUCUCCGACGGAGAAAAGGAGUACCCAGAUCGCCAUCUGCCGGAGCUAGAAGACGACAAGUCUUCCGCUGAAGGACAGCGCGACGAAGAAGAAAACGAUGAAACCGACCUUACCCCUAGCCAUAUACCUCCUCCUCAGUCUUUACUCGUCGAGAUCCCCUUUAUCGUCACGCUAUGUCUAGCGCAAUUGCUGGCUCAAGCCGGAUUGGGCCAAAUCAUUGCUCCAUUGCACAUCAUCGGAAAUAGCUUCGGCACACAAGAUGCUGGGCAACUUAGCUGGAUGCCCGCAGCCUACAGUCUCACUGUGGGCACCUUUAUCCUCAUUGCAGGCCGACUUGGUGAUCUAUUCGGCCACAAGAUCAUCUUCGUCAUCGGCUUCAGCUGGUAUGCUCUCUGGAGUCUGUUGGCCGGCGUCAGCGUCUGGUCCUCGUCCAUCAUCUUCUUCGAUGUCUGCAGAGCCUUCCAAGGCAUGGGCCCUGCAUUUGCCGUGCCUUCGGCAGUGGCCAUUAUCGGCCGCACAUACCCCCCUGGCAGGAGAAAGGCAAUGAUCUUUAGCAUGUUUGGUGCCACAGCCCCGGGAGGCUUCGUCCUCGGCGCCGUGUUUUCAUCAAUCUUUGCUGAAUUUGUUUGGUGGCCGUGGGCGUAUUUUGUCAUGGCCAUGGUGUGCGUUCUCGUUGCAGUUGCUGGUGUCAUCAUCAUCCCAUCAACUCCAGGUGCCGCAAAUGUGCGAUCUCAGGCACGUCUAUGGGAGAUAAUCGACGUCCCUGGUGCUGUUGCCGGUGUCAGUGGGCUCGUCUUGAUCAACUUUGCUUGGAACCAAGCCCCCGUCGUUGGUUGGCACACGCCCUAUGUCUAUGUGCUCCUCAUCGUGGGGUUCCUUUUCCUGGGCGUGUUUGCCUGGAUCGAGGUUCACGCGACGUUUCCCCUGCUGCCGACAAAGCUAUUCAGCGGCCAUCUGGGCUUUGUCUUGGCUUGUGUCGGCACUGGAUGGUCCAGUUUCGGCAUCUGGCUGUUCUAUCUGUGGCAAAUCAUGGAGCUGAUCAGGGGCCAAAGUCCUCUUGUGUCCAGUGCGCAGUUCAGCGCCGCAGCCAUUUCUGGAGCAUGCGCAGCCUUUACAACUGGCCUUAUCCUCGGAAAGCUAAGACCGAGCUUGGUCAUGGGCCUGGCCAUGACGGCGUUUACUGUUGGAGGGAUCUUGAUAGCGACAGUACCUGCUCAUCAAAUAUACUGGGCUCAGACGUUUGUUUCCAUCGUUGUCAUGCCCUGGGGAAUGGACAUGUCGUUUCCCGCCGCUACCAUUAUCCUCAGUGAGGCUUUACCGAAAGAACACCAGGGGCUUGCUGCUUCUCUCGUCAACACCGUCAUCAACUACUCAAUCUCCAUCGGCCUCGGCAUCGCAGGCACGGUACAAUCGCAGAUCAGUCCCGGAACUACCGAGGAAGAGCUUCUGCGGGGCUGCAGAAGCGCAUUUUACGUCGGCAUUGGCCUCAGCGGGCUUGGCGUGUUGGUCGCCACGCUGUUUAUACUCGACGAGAAUAGGAGGCAUGUCCGAGAACAUCGCCAGGGAGAAAAAUAA